AUGUCACGGAAAUUCCAACCUGCACCGCUCAGGUUCUGGUCCAAUAACAUAAGAGGCCUAAACAUCCCUGAGAAGCACACACAACUUCUGCGGACGCUGUGGUCCCAGAGGAUCUCCGUGGCAUUUCUGCAGGAGACCCACUUUAAAGAUGGGUGCGCUCCCGCGCUACAAGAUAAAAGAUUUCCCCAGGGCUUUUUCGCGAACCACCAGGACUCCAAAAGAUCAGGAGUGGCGAUCCUUUUUGCGGGGACGGUGCCUUUUCAAUGCACCGCCACACAGGUGGACCCACUGGGAAGAUACCUCUUCAUAAAAGGAACCAUAGCGGAACGCCCGUAUACCCUAGCCAAUGUGUAUUGCCCCAAUCGGGGUCAACACACAUUCCGGGCUCGGGCGAUAGCCCGUUUAGAAAAAUUCAAGGAAGGCUUACUGAUAUUAGCGGGUGAUUUGAACACUCCCCUGGACCCCCGAGUAGACACAUCAAGGGGUAACAGCACCAUACCAGACCACUGCAUACGCAGGACCAAACAAACAAUAGACUCGGCCUGACCGACUGCUGGCAGGCGGUGCACCCUGACAGCAGAGACUAUACCUGCUACUCCGCCCCCCACAAUCAAUACAGCAGGAUAGAUUACAUCUUUAUCGCACAGGAAUGCCUCCCCCUGCUCAUUUCCGCAGACAUAGUAAUCCAAGGAGACUCUGACCACUCUCCCGUGUCCAUCCAGUUUCAAUCACCCCUCUUCAAGCAGAAGGAACGCCAUUGGCGACUAAAUGAAACCAUACUAUCCGAUACAAAAUGCUCGAUGCUGACCACGCAAGUACUCACCCAAUACUUCGAAACCAACACCGCCCCGGAAGUAUCCCCAUUGAUAACAUGGGAGGCACAUAAAUGUGUAGUUAGGGGGCACUACAUAAAUCUUUGCACGCAGCGCAAACGGGAGAACACCAGACACAUCCUGGAACUGACCAAACGGAUAACCGAACUUGAAACCACACAUAAAAGGGAAUUGACAGAAGAAGUUUACCUCCAUCUGACCGACGCGAGGAGACAGCUUAGUGACAUACUCUUUCAGGAGUUACUCAAAGUGGUACGCAGGUCCCACCGCUAUUUUUAG